AUGUGUUCCCAGGCGGUUGCUGCUGAUGUGGUAUUGACUCCAUACAAAUACGGCGAGUUCCUCAUCUCGAAGAUCCUCCGUCCCAUGUAUAGUUUGGGCUACACCAGCUUGCCUAUGUUGAUGACAGCAAGCGGUUACGUCCUGGACAACCUCUCCGUUGUGAGGGUCGAUGAGAUUAUCACCGUCAUGCAGGCAUUCGACCAGGAGAGCAUCAAGGCCCCGCCCUUGGGAGUAGAGGAACUGCACGUCGUGCCAGGCCUGGCCUCGGGGUUGCCGGAUUACGAGUCUGCCUGUGGCAGAGUGGGUGCCCUUAUGCAAGCUACUGCCCAUAAGUUCUCUACAGUGGCCAAGCUAGAGGAUGUCUCAUUAGAGGACAUUGUGCUACUGUUUAGUCUUAUGGCUCGUCUUGGGAUGAAGGCAAAUCCGAGCAAUGGCGGCUUCCUGUUGUCGUCGUGUGCCAGGAUAUUGCAGAAUCUCGACACUCUCAGUGGGGAGCAAAUAAAAUCAAUCCUUCGGUCCUGUGCGACGAUGGAGCUUGCCCUGGCCAGCUUUGAGGAGAGGUUAAUGAACGAGAUUGCUGAUGACCCCUUCACCAUUGUCGAGGCCUCAUCAACAGCUGCUGGAACGGCCUCCUGCAGCUCCCCCGAGUCCUUCAUAAACGCCCCAGCAGCUUCAGAGUCUAUGCCUGUUGAUCUCAUAUCAUCAGCAGAUAGUGUUCCCAUGCUGCCCGAGUCGGUGGCUGGGUGUGGGUGGAGUCCCGAAGCCUUAGAGUACCUGUUGGAGAAUGACACUGAGCCUUUCGAACACUUCCAUGAUGGAAGUCACGCUGACUACUGGUGGCCGUUAAUCGGUUGA